UUUUAUAUCAUUCUUAUGUUUCUARAUGGUUUGAUUUUGCUUACAYUUAUCUAUAAAUAUGGGAARAAAGARCCGACGACAUGGUCAUAAGAAAAGCAGGAAAGAACAUGAAGAAAAUCGCGAAGAAACAGAUCUMCAUUUGCAAGAGGAAGGGUCAUUAAAGAGAUGUCAACAUCUGAGCAAAGCAGUGAAACUGGGAGUUUUACAGAACCAAGUCCCACACAUGAAACUUGGACAGUGCUCUUUAUGCACAGGUUUGGAUGAAGAUACUGGGAUUUGCAUGUGUUUAAGAUGUGCAAAACAGGGUUGUGACCGGUAUAGUGAUGAUAAGCAUGCCCUCAGCCAUUAUGAUCAGUGUCCAUCUCAUAAUAUCACAAUUCACCUGAAGUCAAUGAUUGUAUGGUGCUAUAGUUGUGACAUGGAGAUACCUGUUGAACCUAAUUCAGAUCUUUAUGAAUGUGUCAAACUCCUCAUCAAAGCAUUAAAACUUGAUGCUCCAAAUGACCUUAAGCUGCCCAUUCCUAAAGCUGGAGCAUCAGGUCCAACAGCCAAACUGAAUCAUGUGAUUAAUUUACCUUCUAAUAAUAGAACACAGAAGAUAAAGGGGUUAGUUAAUCUUGGAAACACUUGCUUCUUCAAUGCAGUCAUGCAGAAUCUUAACCAAACAGAACUUCUUCACAUCGCUACGACAUAUGUCAACCAAUCAGACUACCCACAAAGGAUUAAGGGUCCGAAUGACACUGUGACAGUCCAAGUGACCAAUCCUGCAGGGUCAUUAUUGGUAUCUUUGAAUAAACUCCUGACUGACUUUAGGUCCUCUGCAUCAGGACCCCUUAACCCCAAGUUCUUAUUCUCUGAAAUAUGCAAAAAAGCUCCGAGGUUCAAAGGUUUUCAACAGCAAGACAGCCAAGAGCUGCUGCGAUAUUUACUUGACUCUGUUAAAACUGACCAAUUGAAGCGAGUUAAAAUAGGAGUUCUGAAGCACUUUGAAGUCAGUGAAGGAGUUGACAUCAAGAGUUUACCACCAGAAAAGAAAGAAAAAAUCAAAGAGUAUGUUCACUACGUCACUGCUCCGUGUAUCGAUAGUGUAUUUGCUGGUAAACUUGACAGUAUUAUAGUCUGCCAUAGAUGUCAAAAAGAGUCCAGAGUAACUGAAAGUUUCCUUGAUUUGUCAUUAUCACUGGUUAAGCAACAGGAACAAAAAGUCAAACCUAAGUCAAACAAAACGAGUCCAGCUCUUAGUGGGAAGAAGCAAAACUGUGCUGUGGAUCAAACCGAAGACAGCAAACAGCAGCCUCUCAGUAAACAUCAACAGAAAGUUGCUAAAGAAGCUAAAAGGAAAAAGGGACGAAAGAAAGGAAAGCAAAGAACAAUCAGCAGAUCUUCUGAGGAUGGUUCCAUUGAAGUCAAACAGGAAUCUUUCCAAAAUGAUGACAACAUAGAUGUUGCAUCAGAUCUUGAAAACGCACAAGACAGCAACAAAAAAGACGAAAGAAACGAUCAUACACAUCAACAAGACAGCAAAAAUGACUCAAAUUCAGAAGACAAUGCACAAARUAGUGAUAUUAACAAUUCCGAAUUAUCAUCAGGUUUUCGAAAUUUGAGUACUGCUUCUCUUGAGAAGAAAGCAGAUAUUUUGAGUUCCGUUUCAGAUAAAAAUACACAUAAUAAGAAAAAUAGCAUUCCUGAUGAAGCCUUAGAUCUUAGUAAUCUGAACUGUAUUUCUGCAGAGGAAAGUACACAAGCGACACUCUUGAAKCAAGAGGAUGAAUAUACAUCAACUUCAAAACAAAAUACUGAACAUGAGUCGGAACACAAUUCAAACUUGAUCAACAGCUCUUCAGAAGAUGUCAACGAUAAUGCUUUAAAAGUCAGCAAAAAUAUUUUAGAUUCGGAGGAAGCCCAGCAAAUAUAUUCAAAUAGCACUAUAGAAAUAGGUAGUCACCAUUUGUCGGAAAUAUUUUCAAACGACACUCCUACAAAUAAAGCCAAAGAUGUGUCAAGUUUAGGUAAAGAGUCGAAAGAAGCAACAAAUUUUACCUACGUAGAUGAGAAGUCGAUAAAAGAUCCAAAUGAUCACGGCACUAGGAUCGAUGAUCACGGCACUAGGAUCGAUGGUCACGGCACUAGGAUCGAUCUUAUGCAGGCUACAAAUCAAUGUCCAUAUAGUGAAGACGUUUAUAAGGAAUAUGAAUGCACAGCACAUGUGGAUAAAAGGUCAAAUGAAUUUGAAAAGUGCUCUGAAGAAAAUGGUAUUGUAUGCAGUGCGAAUGUGGCAGACACUUGUAAUUCAGUCCCGAAGACUAAGAAUCAGACUAUUUUUGAGGAACGGUUUAUCAACGUAUUUGAUGAUUUGGAAGUGAAAAAUGAUAACAAUAGCAUAAUUGAUUGUAAGAAACACUCGGCAGUAGCUAUACAACGUGAUGCAUGUCAAAGCAUUAUCCUCAAGGAAAAAGUCUUGUAUUUGAACUCGGAGCAGAAAAAUGAUCUAAAUGAUCAAGACAGAGAUUUUUCUUGCUCUGAGAAAUGCGUAGAUGCAAAUGUCGAGGAAGUAAGCAAGUAUUCUCUCUUAAAGCAGAAAGUUAGUUUUGUUGAUGAUGAAAAUACCUCCAUAAACUUGACUAGAUCUUUUCAAAGUGACUUGAACUUAGAAGUUAACACAAAAACCUCAACAAGCAUGCCAGAUAAUGACUCGAAAGACUUGAAUAGUGGCUGUGACAAGAAAUCUUUAUUGACACCUGAAAACUACUCUCGUUCUCAGAACUGCAAAAAAGAACAAUUUCAGGAGGAACUAACGACUGGCACGGCGUGUAGAAACGUAUCACAAAGUAACGCUAUUGAAAGCGAUACCGGGAGUAAAGCCACGGACUUGAGCAGUAUUGACAAUAACUUUGACAGACCAAAAUUUAAUUGUGAACAAUCAUAUGAACUAGAAACUAAGCAAGGUACUCAAGAGAAUGAACAAGAUAAAAGACGGGAAGAACUGUGUAAAGAGAAGAAAUCGGGAAAGAAAUGCUCGUCGAACCAACAAAAUGAAUUGGCUGAAACCAAUAUUGAUAGCAACGUUUUGGAUAGCUAUAAUGCCAAUAGAUCUCAAGCGGGUGACAUCCCAUCUCUUGAGGAAUGCGACGCGAUUUUAUGCAAUACAGUCAAAACGGAAACAACUUCACCUAACAGCUAUGGAACGACUUCAACCUCUCCAAAAGUACACACCGUAGGCCCUCCUUAUACCCUCUCCCCAGGGGAAUGUUCGGUUCAGUCGUGCUUGGUCCAGUUUUGUUCGCCAGAAGUUCUCCAAGGAAAGAACAAGUUUUUGUGUGAGGUUUGCAGCAAGGGGCGAGAUGAACAAGACGAAGAUGAUGGCGAUUCUAGUGAUGAGUCGACCAAAGGAGCAAAAGCUCCUAAGAGAGUCUACACUGAGGCAACGAAGCAGUUAUUGAUAUCAUCCACACCUCCUGUACUCACUCUACAUUUGAAACGAUUCCAGCAGGUUGGACAUGGGCUGAAAAAGGUYCCUAAACAUGUAGAGUUCCCAUUCGUGCUGGAUAUUGCGCCAUUUUGCUGUACAGGGACAGAGAUUGCUUCUGACUCAAGUAACACCGUUCUUUAUUCGCUUAUUGGAUUGGUUGAACACAGUGGUGGUCUGAACAGUGGUCAUUAUACAGCUURCAUCAAACUAAAACACAAGCCAUCAUAUCAUCCUACAGACCUAGCAACCAUAAAAGAUCUUAGCUCUUUUAUACAAGAAAUUUGGAGCAAGGAUAGACGAGCCGAUUACACGCAUCAGAGGCCUGGAGACGGGCAAUGGUAUUACGUCAGUGAUUCGCGUGCUACUAUGGUAACAGAAGAUAAAGUGCUGCGGAGYCAAGCUUACAUGUUAUUUUAUGAAAGACUUCCAUUAAAGAGAACUUCUCAAUGWAWUUUAAYGUGCUCAAGUGCGCACACUUAUUGAAUAUAUUUUGAAUAAAGAUUGAAUGCGAACUUCGUUUUUUAAAAA